AUGAAAAUCCAUUUGCUGAAUUAUAUCACAAUCCAAGAUUUAAAUGAUGAUUUACGGCUUGCGUUGUUUGAUAAGCUUGGAUCAAUUGCUAAAAAGAAAGAUAAUAUCUUACCUUAUCCAGAAUUUUAUGGGCUUAUCCGCAAAGCAAACGAGGAACAGCGAGAAAUAUUGUUUCACACUAUACAUCAUUUAAUAUCAAACGAGCCAAUGCAGAAACCAUUGUUGAUAUAUUUGACUGGGCCAGCUGGUAGUGGUAAAACGUUUGUAAUAAAAGCACUCAUGGAAAUUUAUAAUAGAUUUUCCGACACGGAUGGAAUUUUCAAUGCAUACAUUGCUUGUGCUUCAACUGGAAAAGCUGCUACAGCCAUAGGUGGAACAACGGUGCAUAAUGCUUUAUGUAUAUCACUCUCAAGGCUGUUGCCACUCAACAUCGAAAAAGCUCAUCAAUACAGAGCGCUAUUUGAGUUCAUCAAGGUUAUUAUCAUUGACGAAGUAAGCAUGGUUUCAGCAGAAUUAUUAGAACAAAUUAAUGAACGUUUGAAGCAAAUCACUGACUUGUUUACAACAGAUUUUGGUGGAUUGGACGUGAUCCUUAUCGGAGAUUUGCGCCAAUUACCCCCUGUAAAAGCCACACCGAUCUUCAAGCAAAUUAAAAAAAAAAUUACUGGUGAAUCAAUUUGGCGAAAAUUUCAUCAAUUCGAACAAAAAAAGGUAAUGCGCCAAGAAAAUAGACUCUUUUCUACCAUUUUAACAAAAAUCGGUGAUGGGUUCAUUCUAACAGAAGAAGAAUUAAAUAUGAUAGAAUCCAGAUUUGUAACUAAAGAACACACACAAUCAGAAUGCCCGGAAGGAACUAGACUUAUGUUUAUGAAUAAUAAGGUUAACGAAUACAACAUUACAAUUUUGAACAGUUUUGAAAAUAAAAUUGUUUCAUUGGCAUCGGAUGUUUUUGUUGGUUGUCAUAAUGCAGAGCAAGAAAAUUUUGUAAGACAGAAGUUACAUAAAAUGAAAUCUGACGAAACUGGUGGGUUACCUUAUGAACUAGUUCUAGUUCCUAACCGACCCUAUAUGAUAACUAUAAACAUAGAUGUCGCUGAUGGUUUAUCUAAUGGCACUGUAGGUAAAUUACUACUCAUAGAAUAUGAUAAAUAUGAUAAAAUCACAAGACUUUGGUUCAAAUUCUCAAAAUCCAUUGGUCAAAAACGUGCAACAAAAUUUAAAAGCGACAUUGCAGGCUUGAAAAUCAACAAAGACGCUGUUCCAAUUUCUUUACAAUCAUCGUCAAUACCACUCAACAAAAAAAAAACUAUAGUGGCAAAAAGAAAACAUUUUCCACUGAUUUCGGCUUUGGCAAUGACAAUUCCCAAAUCACAAGGAGGUACUUUCGAUGCUAUUGUUUAUGAAUACAAUCGUUCUCAUUCAAGAGAAUUGGCGUACGUUGCGUUAUCAAGAGUAACUAGUAUAGAAGGUUUGUUCUUAGUCACUGAAGAAAACGCAAGGGCGAGCUGGAAAUUUUAUCAUGGCAGAGUAGGAAACGCACAGGUGGAAGAUUCAAACGCAACAAAAAAUCAAAAGAGAUCAACAACUCAUCGAGAAGAUUAA